AUGAAGCCCCGUCGAAGUCUAAGAGGCUCAAGCGGUUGUUGCGGUCAGAGAGCUUGGUGCCGAAACCCAAGUUACUAUCCGCGGGAGUACAGAGCUCAAGAGGCAUUGGUGGUGCAGACGGACGGAUCAGUGCAGCUUGAGAUGAAGGAGGAUCAACCUUCGUACUCCAAGACCUACGCGCCGGACCCCACGAAGACUGACUCAGAUGAAGAUGGCAUUGGCAGUGAAGACACUGUCGCGCCGAAUCCGAUCAGCCCGACCCAUCGACGUGAUUGGACAACUGAGGGAGAUUUUCUGCCACCAUCAAGCCCCACCGAGGGAGCGAAAUCAAAGUACCUGUACAAGCAGGUCGACUGCUCGAAGCUGAAACACGUCUCUCAUUGUGGCAAGUCAGGCGAAGCUGGCUGUGAGAACACCUAUGAGAUCAACAGUGGAGUUGGCUACACCUGCCUUUGGGACUUGGAAAUUUGGCCUCCGGCCUGCAUUACUUAUCGGGAAAAGGCGAGAAGUCCGAUUUGCAUUGAAGGCACCUGCGGCCCUGGCACUCGCGGAGCUCCUGAUAAGUGCUGGUAG